AUGCAGAUGCAGGAGCUGGAGAUGAUAGACGAGAUCUUCCAGCUCAUGCAGCACUAUAGGCAUCUGAGACCCGUUCAGAAAUCUGGCCUGUCCAUCAUCGAGAUGCUGAUUACCGAUGACCCAGAGUGGAGGGACGAGGUGGCGCGGAAGGGCGGCGUCGGUUUGAUCUGCGAGCUUGCCCGGACGUGGGAGGGGAGUCCCAAGAUGCUUGGCCAGGUGAUGACGUGCAUGGCGUACCUGGCUGCCGAGGACUACCUCGAGGUCAUGCUAUGUCAGCACGGCGCGCUGGAGUAUUCAGCAAGUACGAUGAGAGCAUACCCGACCAAUGCGGACUUGAUGACGAAGACGUCCCUGGCACUGUUGAACCUCACUGUAUGCGAGCCCCACGUUGAAGAGCUGAUUGACAAGGAGGAGGGGAGGAACGGCCAUCCUCAUCGUCUUGCCGGUCAUGGACGCGCAUCCGAAGGACGCCAACCUCCUCAUCAUGCUCUGCGGCGUGCUCGCCAACUUCUCCGUCAUGAUCGAGGUUCGAGAGUUGUUGGCGCUCGGCGGGGUCUUCGAGCGCAUCGAGUCGGCGAUGCGGGUUGA